UAGGAAAUUUCCAACACGUGCAGAAAUCACGUUACUUACCUCUGUCCCAGAGCGAUGUAAAGGUUGUCUCUCGGCUCCUGCAUAUGCAUCCCAGUUGUCUAGCACUUGUCAUUCUGAACUCUGAGAUAUAGCUUUACUUCGCAAUGGAUCUUUUCCGGCGCAUAAGUUGAUAAUGCUUCCACGUUGAUGAUAUACUGAUAUUAUUGGCAGGAGCCAGUUCAAUUCAAAUAUACACCGAUCCAUAUUCCUGCGACAAAUAUCGUAAGAGAUGGCGAGUUUCCAGUCUUUAGAGGAGAGCUGUAUGACACCUGGAAAUGUUCAAUGACCACACCAUCUGGAACCUGGCGCCUUGUCGCUGUCAAAGCUAUCAGGGCCCCUUCACAAACAGAUGCGAAUCUGUCACCGAUAGUCAAAAAAUUUCGUCGCGAGGUCCAUGUUUGGAUACAGUUGGAACACGACCAUAUUCUCCCUCUCGAGGGUGUGACUAUUGCUGAAGAAUUUGGGCCACUUCCGGCACUAGUUUCUCCAUGGAUGGAAGAAGGAUCGCUGGAUGAUUACUUGAAGCGCGAGUUUUCCAGACUAUCUGACGCUCGAAAACGAGAGCUUAUAUGGCAGAUAACCGCUGGUAUUAGUUACUUGCAUGGCAAGGGUAUCGUGCAUGGUGACCUGACACCGAGCAAGGUUUUGAUCGACAGAUCUGGUUGCCUCCGUCUCACAGGCUUUAGUUUAUCGAUGAUCCUUGCCGAGGCAGGGGACGCCAUAUUCAGCGACUGUCAUUCAGGAAACACAUUGUGGACGCCCCCUGAGGCUCUACGAGCUGGAAAUGAAGAUGAAGACGAAGCUACACACAAGAUGCCAACAAAAGCUUGGGAUGUCUAUUCAUAUGGCUGCGUCGCGUUGCAGAUCUUCUCGGGAAAUCGGCCUUACGCGUGGGUGACAAGUCCUUUCAAUGUUAUGAACGCGAUACAGAGUGGAUGUGUGCCUGUCAAGGGCAUACAGAGUCAUGCGGUGUAUCGGCGGUUCAGUCAUGCGGUGUACAACAGUUUAGUGAUGGGGUGUAUCAACAGUUCUCACCGUGCUUGAAUAAGAUACCGGCCAAUCGCCCGACGAUGGAGGCUAUCGUAAGAGAUCUGGGUUUUUCAUGAAUGGGACAAACAAGUUCGUCUACUUCCAGCUCUCUCUAGGCUCUCUGCCCUUUCCGAACUUUCACGUUGGAGUAGAUAUCACCAUCUGAGUAUUUGAUUUUGAAGACACAUGCAAUUCAAUGUUGUUCCCAAUAAAUGACUACCAUUGUACUAUAAUACGCAGCAUUGAAAAAAUAUAAUUCUCGGCA